AUGGCGGUGGCGCGUUGCAUGGCGGUUACUGGAGCACCUGAGCCAGGGCGUCAGCUAUCUGUGACCGACCUCAUAUCGUUGUUGACGAGAGCAUCCAGGGCAUGGGACAAGUAUGACAAAGACCGUAAUGGCUCACUGUCGCUGAAGGAGUGUGAGGAAAUCUUUAACUCCGCAGAGAUCACCCAGGCGUUCGAGAGCUUGACCAACAUGUCCCAUCGCGCUUACACCAGUCGUGACCUGGAGCCCUACUUCAAGCACGCUGACAAGGACUCGAGCGGCACGCUGUCACGGACCGAGUUUCUGGCCUUGUACCUGGCGAUCAUGGGUGACAGGGUCAAGCGGAAUCCACUGCUCCUGGCGGAGGCGUUACUGGGCUUCAUUGACAAGGACAAGAACGGCGUGCUUGAGGGCAAGGAGCUCAAGGGCUUGCUGCUCAUCCUGGGAUUUGCGCCGGCGCUGCUUCUGCCCAUCCCGGACUUUGUUCGCCUGGAACACAGGCCCAUCCUCAAACGACUCGGCAGGGUGCUGGAGGGCAGCGGCGACCGUGGCAGCGACGGCAAGGCUAAAAAGGGCUAG